AUGGGACAGUUUCCUUGAACAUCAGCCAUGGCGAGCCUGCUUUUCCACUUGCUGCAUCUGCUCCUGGUUCUGGAGUCCGGCUGGGGGAAGCUGGUGUCCGAGGAUCUUGGAGGAGACGCGCGUCAGGGUGAAGAGGUGGAUGCACCGGCUCCGGGUCGGCGCGUCUUUACGCACGACAGCGCCAGCCGGGACAUGGUCUCCAUCAACAUGUUCAAAGUGUACGAGAGGUACAGCGAGGAGCCGCGGAGCCACAGGGACGCCAACACCGUGAGAAGUCUGAAAGCUGUCCCGAGAGUCUCGCACGGCAAAGAAGUGUUUGAGUUCAACCUGUCCUCCAUCCAAGACUCCGAACUCAUCCUCUUUGCAUCCUUCCACUUCCUCUACAAGCGGCAGCGCCAUCAGCAGCGCCAGUGGCGUUUCCGAAGGCCUCGCCACCCGUCCGGCGGCCUCCAGCAUUCCCAUCCUUCCUCCCCACUGCUCGUCUUCAGUGGAUCAUCCUCAAACUCAGGUUUUGCAACGCCACUGGGAAACAUAACUCUGGCUCCUUUCAAGAAAGGCUCUUGGCAAUCAAGGGAUGUUACAGCGGUGGUGAAACACGCCAGGCACGUCAAAGAGCUUGUGGUGACGGUGGAGUUUGAUAUGGAGUUUGGGGCGGCUCGCACGCAGCAGAGGAACCCUCACAGCCAGGAGAGCCUCUCUCCAGCCAAUCUGCCGUAUAUUCUGGUAUACGCUGACGAUCGAGCUAUAGACGAGCCAAACAGUGUGGCCAUGUCGCUGCAGCGGUACGGGCCCUUCCCUGUAGGAGACGACUUGUCCUCCACAGCCUCAACAUCGAGAAUCCGGAGGGAGCUCCAUCUCCAGAGGCAAACAAACGACAUCCCGGAGGUCCAGUUCAACCCCUUGAAGAAUCACGAACUUUGGCAGAACACGUACUUUCCAGCUAAAGCCAAAGCAGCGGUCAAACCGGGGAGGAAACAGGGUCAGGAGAAUAACGAGGGCCUGAGUAAGCCACAGGUGCUGAGCUUCGACGAGAGGACGAUGAAAAAGGCACGGAGGCGGCAGUGGAGCGAGCCCAGGGUUUGCUCCAGGAGGUACCUCAGGGUCGACUUUGCUGACAUCGGCUGGAGCGAGUGGGUUUUGGCGCCAAAGUCUUUUGACGCUUACUUCUGCGCCGGGACCUGCGGGUUCCCCAUCCCUAAAGUUGUGCGGCCUUCCAAUCACGCCACCAUCCAGAGCAUCGUCAGGGCGGUGGGCAUCAUCCCGGGCAUCCCCGAGCCGUGCUGCGUUCCGGAGAAGAUGAGUCCUCUCAGCGUGCUCUUCCUCGACCCGAGCCGGAAUCUGGUUCUCAAGGUUUACCCCGGCAUGUCUGUGGACAACUGCGCCUGUCGGUAG